UUGGGCUCACCGGACGAAUGUCGAUUUGAAAGUUAUUAUUAUUGCAUAUGGCUAGUAUGGCCCUUGGCUCUUACUGUUUUAAAAAUAGUUGACAUUUUGUUUGAGGAAGCAACAGGGAAGAAAACAAUGUCAAGCAUAUAAUUCAACUCAAAGUGAAAUCCAAAGAGGUGCAUGCAGUCAUGAGUACGAUAUUUUAAGACCUUAUCAUGUCUCUAUUUAAAGCUUGUGAUUGGUGGUCUACUUCUUGUGGAUCAGAUGAACAAUUUGACAAAGGAUGUCUUGUUGUAUCUAACAUUGACAACAGCUCUGAAAAGCAAGAUAAAAUAAUAACUGGAAGUCACAAUGGAGUGAUAAGGGUUUAUAAGCCACAACCUGUGAAACAAGAAGAUGGCAAUUAUUCUUCAUUUCGUCCUGAUGAUCUUCUUUUAGAAGCUCAAGUAAAAUUUCCAAUUAUUCAAAUUGCUACUGGAGUGCUUGCAUUAUCAUCUGGAUUGGUUCAGCUAGCAGUUCUGCAUCCCUUCAAACUUUCUGUUUACUCAAUCUCUGCUGUACAAGGCAGUGUUGAACAUGGCAUACAAUGUAAAUUUUCUCUUAUGUAUGAACAUAACUUGCAAAGGCAUGCAUUUUCUCUACUUGUUGGACAGUUUGGAGGAAUUCAAGGAAAAGAUAUGAUGUGUGUUCAGUCUCUUGAUGGAACUUUAAAUUUUUUUGAACAAGAAAGAUUCUCAUUUAGUAGAUUCUUACCAAAAAGUCUCAUCCCUGGGCCAAUAUGUUAUAUAAAUAAGACAGAUUCCUUUGUUACAGUAAAUGGAUUCACAGUGGAAAGCUACAGGUUCCAAGUUUUGGCCAGUGCUAGUGAUGAAAGCAGCGAAAAUGAAAACCUGAGCUUUAAGGGUAAAAAAGUCACUCCAGAGUGGACAUAUGAUCUUGCUGACCCUGCUUUAGACAUGUCAUAUGUUGAAGAUAAAACAUCUCCAACACUUGUGAUUUUAGGAGAAAGGUCUAUUGCGGCUUUAAACUCACAUGGGUCUGCUAAAUUUUACAAGAAGUUUCGAUUUACACCACGCUGCUUCUACUGCUAUAAAGCAGAACCACAUGAUUUCUUGAUUGUUUUAAUUGUGACUUCCAACCAGACACUUUUGAUUUAUCAUGAAACUCAACUUAAAUGGGCCGCUCAAUUGACGUUUUCUCCAAUGUCUAUAUCUCGAGGGUUUUUUGCUGAUGUAAAAGGCAUCAUUACUCUUCUUUCUGAAGAAGGAUUAUUAUCAUGUUGUUAUUUGGGAACUGAACCUUCGUUAUUUGUAUCGCCAUUAUCUGAACCGAAGGAAAUAGAUUUCAAAGAGGCAGAGCAGGAAAUGAAUAGAUUGAAAAAGAUUAUUAAAUCUUCAAAUCAAAAUUUGCUUGGCACUCAAAAACUUGGAACCGAAAUUUCUCUUUCAAUAAGUGUUGCUCAUCACCUAAAUUCAUCUGAUAUGAGUGAAAAUGAAGAUGAUUAUCGAAGGUCGUUUGGCCCUGUCCCUUCCGUGCCUGUUAAGAUUCAGUUGAAAUGUCGCACUGUAGUUCAUGAUGUCAGAUUAACAGUCUAUGUUGAAUCCCCAUUACGAGUUUCACAAAAUGUGUUUGUUUUUGGUUCUGUGCUGGAUGGAUCCCAAGCUGUAGUUUCUGUUACGCUGGGAUCUCCUUUUAUACCGACAAGCCUUAAAUUGACUGCUCAUGCGGCAUAUAUCAAUAGCUAUGGUGCUCCAAGAAUUAUUGAUGCAUCAGCGCAGCUUCCUUUCAAUUUAAUAGCAAGAUCUUAUCCUCCAGCUAAAGAAGCUGAAACAAAAAUCACCAUAGACAUCAACAAAAAGCCACUUCUACUAACAGAGCUUUUACCUGAUUUGAUGUCUGAUGGAACUUCCUACCCUGGUGGAGCAAUGGGCAUCGAAUAUUUUUCAGGUCCUAUAGUCACCAUAUUACCAUCAAAAACAGCUCAGCGAUAUAGAUUGCAAAGUGAUAGUUUUCCUGCUCUGUGGCUGGCUGUAUCAGAGUUGGUUAGAAGAUUGCAGCACAAAUAUCGAAAAGAGGCGGACAAUGCUAAAUUGAAAUGCAGCUAUUCUUCAUCUCUCCCUCUUCAAGAAUACUUCAAAGUCAUUGAAGAGCAUUUUACUAAUCGUCAAGUGAUUCAAGAAGUAGAGGAUUUGAUCGCUCAUCGUUCUCUUCAGUUUCGCGUUGUUCAAAAGCGGUUGCUUACUAAGCUGAAAGAUAGUACCCCUACACCACUGAAUAAUUUAGAUACACUUUUAGAGGCAACUCAUCGACAGAUAAUGUCUGUUACUGAAACCAUGGACAGGCAUCUUAAAGCUCUUGAAGGAAGUUCAUGUGCAUUGGGCUGUGCAACAAAUCUUAUUUUACUUCUUUUGAGAUUAUCAGUUGAUUUACCUGAAGAUCAGUGCAGGUUUCUGUCGGCCUGUUUUUCCCCAAUUGUUGAUUUUGAUUCACAACAGGGUUGGGAAGAGAAGGUAAAUGUUGCCAUGAUAUAUUUACUGAAAAACUGUCUUGGAAAAGGAAAUCAUGAAACCAAAUUUCCUGAAGCACAACUGAAAAUACCGAAAGAUUUGUCCAAACUGAGAAAACACAUUUCAUUGGUUAUGGAUAAAAUUUCUAAAAAUACACCGCUGGUUAUAAGUGACUCAUAUACUGAUGUUUUAGAUGAAAAAAGAGUGAAUGAAAAUGAAAUGGAUGAAAUGAAUCUUCCAGAGGGAUGCAAAUAUGUUGAUAAUGUCAGCCCUAGGCCUUCAUCUGCUGCUAUGACGAAUACACUUGAAGAAAAUGAAUUAAAUGGUAACAUGGUUGAUACAGCUCACAAUCUUCAGGAUGAAGGAUACGGCAAAACGGUUUCAGAUGAAGAGGAAAUGAUAAUUUAAUGAUUUUAUCAUUGCUUCUUUGUACAGAAAUGGAAAAUACGACAUGUACCUUGGACUAUUUUAUGAAUUCAAACUCAUAGUUCAUAUGGAAGUCUUUUGUUCUAUUUUUAACCUUGAAAAUUUUAUAAAAGCAUAACCAUUUUAAAGCAACAAGAGCAAUACUUUUGAUAUAAGUUUUAAGCAUUUAUUUUGUUAUAAUAACAAAAAUUUUGGAACUUUUAGCAGCAUAUCAAUUUAUGAAAUAGUAAACUGGCGAACUAUACAACUUUUAGCCCAAUCAAUGAAGGUAAA